AAAAUGUGAACACAUAACUAAUGUACAUGGCAUAUUUUACAUACAUUAAACGUACAAGUAAUAUACACGUACUAAGAAGGCUCUUGAACCUAGAUAAACAAGAACUUCCAGAAACAAUCAAGUAUGUAGCAGCAAAGCUACUGACCAACAAAAAGAUAGAUGUGUACCACCAAAAUAACGGAAAGCUAUUCCCAAACAACACAGAUGAUUUUCGUAGAUACACAGAGACCCAAAAGAACAUUUCAAAGCUAAUACAAGACAAAGUCACACACACGUCAGCAAAGGAAUGGUCUCCAAGCGGAAUAAUUACAGUGGUAUACUACCUAGCAAGAGCUAGAGCGCCACUAAACAAGCAAACAGAAGAUAUAUUUCGCAAGAAGGUUGAUGAAAUCACCCAAUUGAAUGUAAUUGACCUCUGGCAGGCACUCUGGGCUAUAAAUGCCCUCAAACUGACAGUGCCCUUAAAGCCAUUCAAGCAUUAUAUCGAUCACAAUGCAACUUUGAUAUUCUGUGGAGCGAGAUCUAAGAAUAUCUCUUCAGUACUUAAUGCACUAUCAGUACUAGGGCAGGCCCUGGAUACCGCUACACUGUUAUAUAUUGGUACCAAUUACCUUCAACGCUCAAGUGGAAAUCAUAACUUCAAAGAUGAUACGAACUUGUGCAAUGCCUUAGUAUCGCAAGUAGUUAGAACACGACACUAUAUAAAGCAUACAGAUGAUCGCAUUAAUCACCCAGGAAAAAUCAAUGAAGUCAAACAAUCGCAACUAGUGUACACAACACAAGAUGUGAUACAAAGUUGUAUAAAUCAGUUAAACACAAGUGAUCUCGAGGGUGUGGCAGAUCUACUGGAUGCUGUUGUUAAAUUUACAACAUGGGCACGUAAAGAUUGGACCGAGAAAGUGUACCGCCUCCUUGAAGUAAUCAACAGGUGCAUUAAACAGUCUAUAGAUAUACCUGAGGAUUGUCAAGGGAACAUACAACCUAAGGUCUUGACAGUAGUGCUGAGAUGCAUCCUGGAAACAAGAAUAUAUAACCCAGAACUUUUCAACAAUAUCAGUAUCGUAUACUCCAACCAACCUCAGGUGUGGAGCGCCAGAGGUAAUGCCAAUAUGCUAUAUAUAACAGCAUACUACGGUAUACGCAACAGUUCCGCAGAAAAUAUCGCAAUACGGUUAUAUCAAUGCUACCAAACGAAGUGGUUUCGAUAUGUAGAACCAACAGAAGUGCUCAUGGACGCCUGCGUACUGGCGGCAUUGACACAUCAUGAAGCGUACUAUCAGAUAAUAGCAAGGACACUGGAAUGCGAAGUCAGCCUUAAGCACCUGGCAUUGGCCUUAAUGACCCUGAAACUCGCGCCCAAAGGCUAUUAUUGCAUACCCUUUGCAGUACUGGUAGCCAUUGCUAGGAAGCUACGACCACUGAAAGUCAACAUAGAGCUACAAUCGUACACACCGGAAUAUAUAACAACCUUGGAUAAUGAGAAUAUAGAACAGAGCACUUAUAUCAAGCUACAAGAUAUAUGCAAGGUUAAUUUGAAGUGUGCCAUCUAGGGAAGCAGGUGUGGCGGAGACGUCA